AUGGGUGGGUUCGGUUUAAUGAAUCUGAGACAUCAAUUAAAUGGGAGAAGAGCAAAAUUUAUAUACUAUCUGUUUCAAGAUAGAAAUCAAUGGCAUUCACAAUAUUUAGUUGAAAAAAUCCAAUUUUACAUUACACAGAUAAUAGAUCAUCUACAAUUAGUUCCAACAGAAAUGAUUAGAGAAACGUUUUUUUCACAUACAGUUAAUGGAAUAACAGCUUUUUAUCCCAGAACACAAGAUGAAAAUAAACAAAUAUCAUUCCCUUGGUGGCAAAUAUUGGAUGGAACUUUUACCAAAUGGUUAAUGAAAAAUAAAGAUUCUAAUAAUAGAAUUCAAGCACUAAACCUUCCAAACUUAGAGAAAGAUGAAGUUCUUGACACCUGGCAAUUAAUAAGCCAUAUAAUACCUUCAAAAAAUGAUGAACUGAAUUUAGGUAAUUUUUUCAAUAAUAUGGAAAAACACUGGAUACAAUCAUGGUUUGAAGUUUUAACGGUUAAAGAUAAUGAAUAUGAUAAGGUAGAUUUCCAGAUUAUGAAUAAACAUCAGAUAUAUACCCAGCAAAUAAAAAGAAUAGAUAAAGCCAAAGAGGCUUUACUAAAAAACAUGCAGGAUGUUGAAGGUGAAAAAAUUCAGUUGGAAUCAUUCAAACAUUAUAAUAAAAAGAAAUAUAGAGAAAGUGGAAACUUUAUAAUGAGACCAUCUCUACAAAUAAUAGUAGACAAUACAAAUAGAAAUAUCAAAAGUAACUGGAAAAAUAUGUGGAUAAAAUUAUAUAUGAAUCAAAAGAAAAAUCCUGGAAUACUCGAAUGGCUACAUAGAUUUAUAUUGGGGCAUCUAACGGUUAGACGCUGUGUUAGAUUAAAACCACAAUACCCCAAUAGACUGGAUCCAAAAUGUUGUUUAUGUUUGAAAGAAGAAGAAGAUACUACACACAUUUAUACCAAAUGUGAAGUAUCAAAAGAGAUAUGGAAACUAAUCUCAGAGUCACAAACUGAAUUACCAUCCAUUGAAGAAUUUUAUAUGCCUAUAAGUAACAAACCAGAAGAGUUACUGGACAAAUCUAGAUUUAUAGAAUUCAUAUACCUGAUGAGAGGAAAGAGAAGAUAUUCAACUGAAAAGAUUGAAGGAGAGAUAACAGGUGAAUUUCUGGAACAUUAUAAAACAAGAUUUAUGAUGAAAAAGAAAAGAUUGAGAAAAUACUAUUGA